AUGAUCCGUGAAACCGAUCAGUAUCUUCCCAUAAUAAGGUCAGCGUUCAAGAAUGAACCGAUAGAAUUAUUAGGAAAUUCAAAACAAUCACCUCCAAAUUCGUAUCCCAUCGAAAGUUCAACACUAUCAGAUCUUGAUUAUAAAUAUGAAUAUGAGUUACUACAAAAUUCAGUACAAUCCAAUGAAUUCAAUAGUUUAGCAUUUAGUACACCUAUAUCAAAUAUUUCUGAAUUAAAUAUUUGGGAAAAUAAAAAUGAUAGAUGGAAUCAUUCAUUCAAUUGUAAUAUGAUACCUUAUAAGUCAUUUAUUUCAUAUAACCCUAAUCCUUUGGAAAAGAAUCAAUUUGUUGAAGUUCAAAAAUCUUUCCCUAUUAUUAAUACAUCAAAUUACAUCAUAGAUUGUAAUUGUUCAUUUACUAAAGUGAAUUUCUUCGAGUACUUUUUAUCUACAUUGAAUCAAUUUCAAUAUUUCAAUAUGAGAUCUAAUUUAUCAAAUUUAUAUAAAUGGUAUCAAUUCUAUUAUGAACAAUAUAUUCAAAAUAUAAUGUUGACAAUGAUUGAAACAAAUGAAGAACCAUUAGAUUUAUCAUUGAAGACAGAUUUAAUUGUCAAUAAAUCAAUAUGUCAACAACAACAGCAACAGCAACAACCACAUCAGCAACAACAAGAACAACAACAAGAGUUACCAAGUGAACAACUAAAUCAAUCCAAUAAAACAUUCAAUGAAUCAUUAAAAAUUCAUUGUAAUUCUUCUACAUAUUUAUUAUAUGAUAAACAUUUAAAAAAAGAUGAUCAUUUAAUUCAAGCAAAUAUAUUAAACAUGCCAAUGAUAUAUCCAUAUGAAACUUCUACUAAACUAUCAUCAAAUGACUAUUCUAUUCAUUCAAAUAAUUUUCUAUCAAAAAAAUCUUUAUCUAAAAUAAAAAAUUAUUCAUUAAAUAUAACAAAUAAAUUAUUAUCACCAUGCCAAAUUAAAAAAAUCAAUAAUAAUCAUAAUCAACCCUUAUCAACUAAUCAAUUAUAUUUCAAUAAAUCAAUAAAACAUUCAUAUACACAAAAUGAAUUAUCUGAAGCUGUAAAAGCUAUUUGUUUUGGUCAAUUAGGUACACGUAAAGCAGCUAAUUUAUAUGGGAUACCAAGAUCAACAUUAAGAAAUAAAAUAUGUAAAUUAAAUGAAUUAAAAAAAUUAGAAGAAAAACGUUUAGGUGGUAAAUCAAUUGUAUUAUCACAAUUUUUAUUAAAUUUAAUUGAAUUCAAUAAAUUAUAUCAAUAUUCAAUAAUCAAUAAUAAUAAUAAUAGUAAUAAUAGUAAUGGUAAUAGUAAUAAUAAUGAUUAUUAUGAUUAUGAUUAUUAUAAUAAUUCAUCAUUAUUAACUAAUAAUAAAGGACAAAUAACAAAAUUAUGUUUAUCAAAAAAUUAUAUUAAUUAUUUAAUGAAUACAGCUAAUAGAGUUGCAUCAAUAUUUCAGGUGAAUUGUCGAAGAAGUUACAUGUAUAAAAGGACUUUAGAUCAUAAAUCAAAAAAUGGAAUAGAAAAAUCAGUUCAUACAAAGAAAAAAUUGGCAUCCAUUCAUAAAUUACGAUGUUCCCAUCAACAAACAAUUAAUCAAUAACAGAAUUACAAAUACAUUAGUUAUCCAAUCAAAAAUACUAACAUUAAACUUAAAAGACUUUUCACUAAUAUUUUCAAAUAAUGCAAAUCAUGUUCUGUAAUACAAUAUUGAAUUGGCUAUUUAAAUGUUCUUAAAAUGA